AUGGAUGACAUGUCCGGCAUGGAUAUGGGCAGUACGGCUAGUGGAAACGGUAUACCGUCCCUUUCCGAAUUCCAAAAGUACUACUGGGCCAUCGUUGGUACUGUUAUUGGUGUCGGGGCUGUUGCCAACUUGCUCAAUCGCUUCCUCGCUAGCCAACGACUAUGUGACAAGUCAAAUACCCCAGCGAAACCAAAAUCUAUCAUUUUUGAGACAUAUGCAACCGUCACUGCUGCCGCCAGAGAGGCCGCAAAUGUGACGCUACGGCCUAUUGCUUUUGGCAGUUAUACACUGCAUUUGCCGCCCUUGGGGCCUGUAUCCCUUGUUCUGGCCAACUUGGUAACCAUUGUCGUUAUGAUGUUCUACGGCUUUGAUACAAUGGAUAACUAUAGUUGGGAGAACAUCGGAUAUCGCGCCGGGUUCAUGACCAUAUGCCAAUUGCCACUCGUGAUUUUAUUAGCCGGGAAACAAAACAUCAUCGGACUACUAACUGGCACCAGCUAUGAGCGUCUCAAUUGGUACCACCGGUGGAUUUCCCGGACUCUUUGGCUGUCAGCAACCAUCCACAUGGGAUUCUGGUUUCGGGACUAUGGGCAGUAUGACUAUAUUGUUACAAUGCUAAAGACAGAUUCGCUUACUCGCCAUGGAUUUGCCGCAUGGUGUGUUCUUACCUUUAUCUUCCUUAGCUCUUUUGCCCCUCUUCGUAAAUGGAACUAUGAAUUUUUCGUCUUUCAACACAUAGUCACCAUGGCCGGGUUUCUUGCGGCCGUCUAUCUACAUGCUCCCGACGAAGUCAAAGUCUGGGUUUGGAUCCCCGUUGGCCUUGUAUUCUUGGAUCGAUUUUCCAGGAUUUUGGUGCUUGCAUUCGCCAAUCUAUCAAUCGUCCACUUCUCAGCUCAAAAGAAACGGCCAUUCUUUGCCAAUAAAGCAACAUUCACUCCUCUUCCGGGAAAUAUAACCCACAUUUCGAUACCAGACCCAGUCAUCAAUUGGAAACCGGGCCAGCAUGUGUUCUUUGGAUGCCAUUCAAUAGCGCCUUUUCAGAGUCACCCAUUCACAAUAAUGUCACUCCCGUCAGACAAGAAACUUGAUUUUCUCGUACGCGCAGAGAGAGGAGGAACCCACCGGAUUUUUCAAGUUGCAUCUAAAUACCACGCACUAUUUGGUGAAACACAAACGCCUCCCAAGAACCAAAGGACGGUUUUUAUUGAAGGGCCGUAUGGAUAUGUACGCCCAUUACGCCAGUUUGAUACCGUUGUGCUUUUUGCUGGUGGAAUGGGCUGCACAUUUACCUUACCUCUCAUGCGGGAUAUUGUGCAAGCAUGGAAAACAGAAUACGGCGAUCCGUUGGCUAUAGGAUCGAAACACAGAAUAAUUCCACAGAAACGGCUCACGGCUACGAAAAGGAUUCGUUUUGUCUGGGUGAUAAAAUCACGAAGCCAAUUUAGCUGGCUUGAGUCUUGGAUUCGGUCCAUACUGGAAGAUAUACAACGGUGUAGGCAGCUAUGCCCUGAAUUCGAUAAAGAAAUAGAACUCAGCGUCUACCUUACCUGCGAUGAAACACUUGAAAAAUCCACAAGUGUUAGAUCUCCUGAGGCAUGGACUCUAGAAGGCGAAGACACCAAAAAUGUCUCUUUCAAGAAGGACCAAGUUCUUAUUCAAUCCACUCCCACGACUCCUCCAAACUCGACAGAUACAGCAGAAAGAAAAGCCUGUGGCUCAAAUUCUACCUGCUGCUGUAUCACAACCGUGGAAAACGAGGAGACCUCAUCGCCGCCGAUAUGCAACUGCUCCGGCCCUGCGGCCAUAUCUUUGGCAGAUGCAGAUAACAGCAGCGGCGGAUCAAAAUCCCCACUGUCGAUUUCAUUGACAGACUCAGAAAACUUUAGAAUGAUAUCCGGCCGGCCGCACCCACGCACACUUAUUCGCAACGCCCUUGAGCGCGCCGAGGGCGAAAGUGCAGUGGUAGUGUGUGGCCCUAACGGGCUUGCGGUAGACGUUCGGCAGAGCGUUGUUUCAUUGAGCGACGAGCGAGCUGUGCACAAGGGAACUGGUGCUCAGGGCAUUUAUCUUCAUGUCGAGCACUUUGGAUGGUGA